AUGCUGAAAACACCGCAAUCCUCUAAUCCCGCGAAAGUUACAUUUAUGAAUCUGGUUAAUACACCAUUACGUCAAGCAGAUAUCGAUGAAAGAGAAAGCCGACUUGAUGAUAGAAAUGGCGGAGUUAUGUUAUCCCUUGUAAAGAAGGUCAAUCCUUUCAGAAAUCUAAGAGAUGAUGAAGAAUAUAGACCAGAAAAACUUAUCUUCAACAGUAGAAGGCUACACUAUCAGUUUCACAAGCAGUUAACAAAGUGUCAACAUGAACCUGUUGUUGAUGCUACUGAAUUCGAGUUUUCUAACAUUCAAAGUAUUUUCAAUUUCAUGCGUAAAAAUUCGAACAGUAACUGUGACCUACAAGGUGUGAAUCAGCCCACUUUAUUAGCCGAUACAGAAAAAUAUGGAUUGGAUGAAUACUUGCAAUUGCAACAAAGUCAAAACUUACAUUUAUAUGAUAGAUUAACUUUACGACGAUAUGCGGUCGAAAAAGAUAAUAUGGAACGAUUCCACCGUUGGAAACUGAUAAAUCAAGAAAGAAUUGGCACUGUAUCGAUUUCACCUCAUAUAAAUGUAGUCAUGAAAAGAAUAUCUGAAAUGAAUGCUGAUCAGCAUUUAGAAUUUGUGGCUGGUUUACAUCAACGGUUGCAUAAUUGUUUUAAAUUAGCUAAACGAGAAUACUAUCAACUUGUGGAUGAGAAUAUGGCUGCUCGUAAUUCAGAAUUAAAGUCUGAAAUUGAACAUCUGAAAGUGAUAGAUAAUACAAUUCAAGCAGAAUUAAAGAAAAAAGAAGAUAAAUACAAGAAACUCCAAAAAAAAAUGAAAGAUUUACAAAAAUUGGAAAAGUAUGCUAAAGAAUUGCGUCAAAAAUUGAAUAAAGCGGAUCAAAAGAUAAUAGAUGCCAAAAAUCGUCAAACUCAACUACGUGAAUCAAAUAAGCAACUCUUACAAAAGAAAGAAUUAUUAGAAGUAAAGUUGAAAGAAUGUAGAGAAGUGAAGCGAGCCAAUAACGACUGGCGUAACUCAAGACUUUUAUUAAAUAGAAGUGUCGGUUGUACAGAAUUAUUCCCUGUCCCGAUUAAAUUAUCAUUUCCGCCAUCAUCAACAUCAUCGCCCUAUAAUCAAAAUGAUUGUAGAUUUGGUGGAGGGAAUAAUUUCAACAAUAGUAAUAAAAAUGGGAACGCUAUGGGUGAUAUUCAUGAUUCCACAUUCAAAGAAGAAAUUAUGAACUUACUUUCACCGUCUCGUAUUACACUGAAAUCAUCUAAAAAUCAUGUUUAUGAAUUGACAACAUUAUUGGGAUUAGUGAAUUUCAUUUUAACCUGUCAAGUUUGCGAUAUUCCCUCUCCUCCUCCAUCUUCCCUUCACACUAUCAAUCAUGUUUCCGAUGGUCAAAAUGGGGAUGAGCAAAAUUUACUCAGUCUAAAACACCUGAAGGUAACAAAGUUGCAAGUUGCUUCUCCAGAUGAUGAUGAUUGCCCAGUAGAGUGUUCAGCUGUUGAAUCUGUAGCCCGUGUUUGUAUUGACUACUUGAGUACUCAAGGAUCAGAUCAAUUGAGAAAUCUAUGUAUUGGUUUAACAUUGGAUCGGGCGAUUAAACAAAUUCAGUUCAUCAUUGCACCAUAUAUGGUGUUGGCUGGUGAUCUACGUGCUCUAUGGUUGGCUAGAUAUGAUGUUGCCUUUUCAUUGAUCUCGCUAAAUGACCAUUUGUUUAGUAGUAUGUGUGUCACACCGAAAAGUCUGCGAAAAUUAAUUGAACAAACACCACGUUCAACACUCCAUAGAUCACAGGUAUUACAUUCAUCGCGAAGAACGCCAUUUCAACAACAAAGACAACAGCAGUAUUAUCAAUCAUUGACCAGCGGUAUUGAUAGUAGUACUAGUGAAGUACCUAAAUCCUUGGCUAUAUUCCAACCAAUCACUCCUCCAGGACCAUAUAGUAUUACUGUAACAACGUCUACACGACGUUUUCGCCUUCGUGUAUGCUUUACUCUGUUUUCUUUGGAUUUCUUUACACCGGAUGACCAAGCAUCUGUUGAAUUUGAAAAUAUGCGAGGAAAUGUAUGCUGUGAAAAACUCAAUGACCAUUUUAAAACGUGUAAACCAAUGUCUGGACAUUUGUCGACUAUCAUGUCAGAAAUUAAAUCAUUUCUAUCGGCAUAA